GAUAUGAACAAAGAAAAAAAAAACAAUUUUACAGGAAAAAAACAAGGAAAAAUCGUUGAAAAAGGGAAAAUAUUCUUUUAAUUUGUAUUGAACUCCCUGAACUUCCCUCACAACACAAACUCGCAAAAAAAAAAGGAACAAUCUAGAAGGGAAAAGAGAACAUCCAUCUCUCUACUCUUUAUAUAUACUUUGGUCCUUUAAGCAAAAUCAUACAAAGCCUUGCCCUUUACUUCAUUCCCAUCUUCUUCAGUCGAAUCAUCUUCUUCUCUCAAUCUAAGCAAGUGUUUUAAGGAAACCCAAACGACAUGGCUCAUGAGCUUGCAGCCAAGGCUAAAGAGGCUUUCGUAGACGACGACUUCGAUGUUGCUGUUGACUUGUACUCCAAAGCCAUUGACUUGGCUCCCAAUUGCGCCGAGUUCUUCGCCGAUCGUGCUCAAGCUAACAUCAAACUCCAAAACUUCACCGAAGCAGUGGUAGAUGCAAACAAAGCUAUUGAGUUGGAUCCCUCAUUGACCAAAGCCUACCUAAGAAAGGGCACUGCCUGUAUGAAACUUGAAGAAUAUCGGACUGCUAAAACAGCUCUUGAAAAGGGUGCUUCCAUCGCACCAAGUGACUCCAAAUUCAAGAAGUUGAUUGAUGAAUGUGAUCUUCGAAUCUCUGAAGAAGAGAAAGAUUUGGUUCAACCGGUGCCAUCGGCUUCGCCUUCAAGCUCUACGGCACCACCAGUAUCAGAAGUUGAUCUUACCCAUGCCCCUGCAGCACCAGCCAAAGCGAAGUACAGACACGAGUUCUACCAAAAGCCAGAAGAAGUUGUGGUAACUAUCUUUGCGAAAGGGAUACCGAAGCAGAGUGUUAAUAUCGACUUUGGUGAACAAAUUCUGAGUGUUGUGAUUGAUCUUCCUGGAGAAGAGGAGGCGUAUCAUCUCCAACCUAGAUUGUUUGGAAAGAUAGUACCAGACAAAUGCAGAUAUGAAGUAUUGUCAACGAAAAUCGAGAUCCGUCUUGCAAAAGCCGAUAUAAUCACAUGGGCCUCUCUUGAACACGGCAAAGGGCCAGCUGUUUUGCCAAAGCCUAAUGUCUCAUCAGAGGUUUCGCAGAGGCCUGCGUAUCCUUCUUCUAAGAAAGUUAAGGACUGGGACAAGCUGGAAGCUGAAAUGAAGAAACAGGAGAAGGAUGAGAAGCUGGAAGGAGACGCAGCUUUGAACAAAUUCUUCCGUGAGAUAUACCAGAGUGCGGAUGAGGACACGAGACGUGCCAUGAGCAAAUCAUUUGUGGAAUCGAACGGGACAGUGCUGUCAACGAACUGGAAAGAGGUUGGGACUAAGACGAUCGAGAGCACUCCUCCGGAUGGCAUGGAGCUCAAGAAAUGGGAGAUCUGAUCUCAUCUGAUCCUUUCUUUUGAUGCAUUUGUGGGUUUUGCCUAAAUCUUAAUUCAUGGUCCCUUUCUUCCUGUAAUGAGGAUCAUAAGGUUUUGCUUUUGCUAAAUAUGACUCUCUCUUCUCUACUCUCUUGCUAUUGGUUGUCAUGGGUCUUAGGAUCAAAUUCAUCAUUAAAAAAACUAUUUUGAAGUUGUAACUAUUGUCUUCAAAACCAAAUACCUAUAGCAUAUAAAUGAUCGCAAGGCAAUAUGAGUUUAAUGUCCAAAUCACAAUUC